AUGACUAACAAUUUAGACCUCAUCAAAAACCAAAAACAAAAUGAUGAUAUCAUCACUUUCGAAACUAAUACUGGACAUUCUAUGAUAGAUCACAUUUUUAUGCACUCUUCACUAAUCCCCGACCUUAUUGACCAAACAGUAGAAAAAGUCGACAAAGAUUUAUCAGAUCAUGCUAUCGUAUAUGCUACCAUUUUAUUAACAUCCAUUAAUCCUUCCUUCACCCAAUAUGCUGCAAUUAAAAAAUUAGUAUUUCGAUAUGACGAGAUGUCUGAAGACGCUGCUAUCAAAAUAAUUCCCAAUAAAUAUACAUUAAUCCACCAUCGAGAUCUUAGACCAC